AUGCGUGCACCUAUAUGCAGAUAUGAGCGCAGAAACGUACUCUUCAAUAAUUCAAUGGCAGCCGGUUAUCCGUUGCAACACGCGCCCAUUGCAAAGAGCUUAGUCCGCCAAAGACUUGAGCAAACAAACAAUGGCGUGCAAUACGAGCGAGCCGUCAUCUUCCGGCUCGGUCGUCUGCUCAAGGGCGGCGCCAAAGGGCCUGGCAUCUUCUUCAUCGUCCCCUGCAUCGACUCCUACAGGAAGGUUGACCUCCGAACCGUCUCCUUCGAUGUGCCGCCACAAGAGAUCCUGUCGCUGGACUCUGUUCCGGUCUCUGUGGAAGCAGUCAUCUACUUGCGAGUGUGCAACCCAACCAAUGCUGAAACCAACGUUGAUGACUACAGCCACUCCACCCGUCUCCUGGCCGCCACCACCCUGAGGAACGUCCUCGGCACACGCAACCUGGCUGAGAUCCUGAGCGAGAGGGAGUCCAUCUCCGCCACAAUGCAGAGCUCACUGGACGACGCCACAGACCCCUGGGGCGUCAAGGUGGAGAGAGUGGAAAUCAAGGACGUCCGCCUCCCGGUGCAGCUGCAGCGCGCCAUGGCAGCUGAGGCCGAGGCCGCCCGAGAAGCCCGCGCCAAGGUGAUCGCCGCCGAGGGAGAGCAGCGCGCCUCCAGGGCCCUCAAGGAGGCCGCCGAGGUCAUCAACGAGUCGCCGGCCGCCCUCCAGCUUCGGUAUCUUCAGACGUUGGGCCAAAUAUCGUCAGAAAACAACUCGACCAUAAUAUUCCCGCUGCCUAUUGACAUCUUAACGCAUUUCUUACGGAAAAACAACACGGAAAGCAAGGAGGAUGACUAA